AUGUUUUCCUGUUGUCGCUGCGUGAACCCCAAGUCACCGAAACAGAAAGGAAAGUCCUCAUCCGGCAAAGGUGACAAGUCCGCCGGUUCCGACGAUUCGCACGAUGAGGACGAUCAGCGGAUCGAGCCGGAGGAAAAAAAUACUACGAGUGCCUGUCAAAACUCGGCUGUGGACAAUUUCUCGCAGGACGACGAGGAGAUCAAGAUAGAAAUAAUUGAAAAUUCCGAUAACCAACAAUCGUACUCGGGCUCGGCAGCCACCACGGCCGUGCUGAACGGUUCGUCGCCGGAACCGAAACACCCGGAGGCGGAUGCUUCCCCCGCGGAACCACGUCAAUCAUCGCCCGUGGUGGAUAAGCAACCACGCUCCGGUGACGGGGGUGGUAGUCAUAGCGGCGAGGAAAGCAAUGAAUCAAAUCUUGCUGACGUUGCCGGCACCCCUGAGCAGAGGCACGGGGAAGAGGAUGCGAUCGCCGAUACAGCAGCGAAUGCGGCCGGGUCCACCUCGUCCUCUCCGGCCAGCAAAACUCUUUCCAACACCGAACGCGGACAGACGGACCAAUCGGGACAGUCGUCCUCGGCCGUUGUGACCGAAAUCGAGACGAAACUGCCAAACGAAUCCACGGAUGCCGAGUCUACGGGCGAUGCGACGAACACUCCUCAGGAAAUUCCCACCACCGUAGGGGAGAUUGUAGGCCAGCUGUCGGGCGAGAUGCUGGAAGAGCAGCGUAAGGAAAACGGCGACCCAUCCCAGCAGCAGCAAAGCGAAGAAAAAUCGGUAGAUGAAACCACCCAAAUGAUUGUGGGGGUUGCCCAGCCAACAUCUCCCAUGCGUAGCCCAAAGCAGUCCGGCUCUCCCACGGAGAACUCGUGCCAUAGCCCACGCAACGAUUGCGAAGAAUUAGCUGCCUCGGUUGGGGAUAAACCGCCGAAUGAGAAUGAGCGGCCACCAGCGGCGGUGUUGAAGUACGACAAAGCAUCGGCGCUGGAGCUGGGGCAACAGGAGGACGAAGAUGGUAAGGAUCAAAGACUUUGGUCAACUUCCGUUGAGCAAGGAACGGUUGUGACGGAAAAGUUAGAAGAAAAACAGCACGAUUUACCUCCAGGGGCGAAUGUGCUUGGGCAACAGGAGGAUGAAUGUGAACUAACUUCCCUCGUUAACCCGGUCUCGGAUAUAGCAUUGGACGAGGAAUCUCUCCCACCACCACCAACACCACCGAUCGAGGAACUUGCGGGAACCGAUGUUGUGGAGGAAUCGCACAACCGGGAGCAAAAGCUAUCUUUGGCAUCGAAGAUGGAACGCCUUAAAAGUGAACCAAGCAAUAGCGAAGAAACGAUCGAGGAAACAAUCGAUGUGGAUAAGUUUUUGCCACGUCCGAGUGAUAGUAAGAGUGAUGAUGACAAUCCACUCAGCAGCACCAGCGGUACGAGUGUCGAUGGUGAUCCGGACGGUGGCUCACCCGUGACUAACGACAACGAAUCAAGUGCCGAAGCUCGAGACAUCGAAAACGUGGUGCCUCCUGCCGCAGUGACAGAUGCAACGGCCGCAAUAGCCGGCGUGACCAGUGAUCCGUCGGAGGAAGAAGAGGCUCCCCAGUCGUUGACUCCUUCCCCGCCGGACGCCGCGGUCGACCCGCCGGAAGAAGACGAUGGGCUGGUGGUGAACAGCAACGAUCAGGUUUCAAAAACUUCCAGCGAAGGUCGCGAAUCAAACAACGACGAUACCUCGACGCUGUCCGAAUCGGUCCCGAACACCGUCACCAACGGGGGCAGCCCGUCCGGUGCCGAGGCGGACAACAGCAGCAGCCGCAAGGAGUCGGUCAACAGCGACGACACCACCAUCCGGACGCAGGUUUCGUUCCGCGAGAGCUGCCUGUCGCGCCGGUCGUCAUCCAAGUCGUCGAUCAAGAAGAAGGUAGCCUAUUGCGAUAGCACGGAAGUCAUACCGCCCCCGGAGUAUCCGCCGCCGGAGGAUGACGAUUCGGUGUUUUCCGAUUCGGUGCCACCAAAGUUGCCCCGAGGCGACAUGUGCACACCAUAUGCUACCAAGCGAGGCUCGCUGCCGGGCAUGAUCGCCCUGCCGGAUUGGUUUGCCGAGGAUCGAUUAAUGAUGGAAGAGGGUGGCAUUAUGGAGCCGCCCACUACACCCAUUGGCCGUGAUGAGCUGGCAUUACGCAGGCAUCGGUUCUUCUCGGAAUUGCUCAAUGCUGCCCAUGCUGCCGUGGAGCAUCGUGUUCGCUUUGAUCCACUUGGGCCAGAAAUUACCAAGGUCCCGACGGAGGAGGAUGCCGAGGACUGCGAUCCAGACCUGAAACCAUCAUCCGCGCGUGAACUCGAGGGCUUGAUAGAUCGUCUGGAGCGUAUCGUUGAUCGUCUCGAGCGUACCGUUUCCGCCCGUGAGUUGGAAGAAACCAGACGCAUACUGCGGGACGCUUGCAUCGUUGGCAAAGCAGUGAUCCUUCCCAAGCCAUCCGGUACUAACACACAAGCUCCCCGAGCCGUAGAAACUAGUGCCGUAGAGGAUAACGAUCAGGAGGACGAUUUGCCCACCGUGCUGCCCUCGACACCACCACCGUCGGCGUCAUACUUGCAUCAGCAGAUAGACAGUCUAGAAAGCACCCUCUUUCCCGAGCUUACCGAUUUACCGACCCAGGGAUCCGACGGGGUAAAACAGCGGCGAUCGGAACAGCAACAGCAGCAGCAAGACCAUUUCACUGUAAUACAAACCAAAUCACGCGAUACUUUAAGCCAUACUAAUCUAUUGAUCGCCCAAGAGCAAGGCAACGCAGUAUUAUCAGUGUCCUCGCAGAAGAGCAGCGCCGUAACGGGACCCGCGAGCACGAUGAGUAUUAAAGCCUACGACGAUAUUUUGCAGGGGUCGUUCGCGGACUUCUUUGAUCUCUCCAACCAAAUUGGAGACGAUGUGGCCACUCAGGCUCAGUUUGUGGAGCAAGCGUUCGAAGCCCAGUAUAAGUUCCUGGAGAAGGCAGCGACCUCGAGUGCACCGUCAAAUGCUGACCUGCAGGAAUUACUGAAACCUACCUCGGAUAGGAUUGCGGUCAUCCAAGAGUUCCGCGAAAGGAGUCGUACCUCGAAGUUCUUUAACCAUCUGUCGGCGAUCAGUGAAAGUAUUCCGGCCCUUGGCUGGGUUUGUGUGGCCCCAGCUCCUGGACCGUAUGUGAAGGAAAUGAACGACGCGGGCCAGUUCUACACCAAUCGCGUGCUGAAAGACUGGAAGGAGAAGAACGCUACUCACGUCGAGUGGGCUCGUAAGUGGAUCCAAACGCUAACAGAACUGCAGGCGUACAUCAAGCAGUACCAUACGACUGGCUUGGUAUGGGGCGGUAAGAAUAAGCCUGCCGUGGGUGGUGGCGCCGUACCACCACCGCCUCCACCCGGUGGCAUGCCUCCACCACCGCCGAUGAUGCCGCUGGGAGAUGUAACUGCAGCCGGCGGUGCCGGGGACGAGCGAAGUGCACUGUUCGCCCAGAUCAAUCAGGGUGCAGACAUUACGAAGGGUCUGAAAAAAGUGACGGCUGAUAUGCAAACCCAUAAAAAUCCUGGCCUACGAUCGGGUCCCGCCCCAUACAAGGCACCGGCGGGCGUAAGCAACGGAACCAAAUCGGUAGCCCCACCGGCCGCUGCCGUCGCCAAACCACCAACCUUUACGCGCGACGGAAAGAAGUGGCUGAUCGAGUACCAGAAGAACAACCACGGUCUAGUGGUCGACCAGGCCGAGAUGAACAACGUGGUGUACAUGUUCCGCUGCGAAGGUUCGACCCUGACAAUCAAUGGCAAAAUCAAUAGCGUUGUGAUGGAUUCGUGCAAGAAGUGUUCCCUGGUGUUCGAUUCGCUCGUCGCUUCGGCCGAGUUCGUCAACUGCCAGAGCGUUCAGAUGCAGGCUAUCGGCAAAGUACCAACGAUUUCCAUCGACAAGACUGACGGAUGCCAGAUGUACCUUUCGGAGGGUUCCCUCGAUGUGGAGAUUGUGAGCUCAAAAUCUUCCGAAAUGAACGUGAUGAUCCCGAAAGGCAACGGUGAUUAUGCCGAGCAGCCGAUUCCAGAGCAGUUCAAAACGGUAAUCAAGGGCGCCUCGUUGAAUACCACCUGUGUCGAAAGCCUCGGCUAAAGCAGCCCCCGUUACACCUAGAGUUCGGGGCACAGUUCUAUAGUACCCGUCGAUCGAAAGAAUGCGGCAUAAACCGCUAUCGUGUGGUCCGUUUUGCUGUGAGGUUUUGUGCGUGACGUUUGUUUUAUUGCAAGUGUAAUAAUUAUUUAUUCGCAUGUUUUCCCGCGAAACAGCGAACGAGCGAUGGUGGGACAAAUUGUAAUUGAAUAUUAUCUAGAAGAUAGAGCAAUCAAGCAAACAAACAAGCAAGCAUUCAAUAUCAAAUUGCAUAAUUUUAAAGUUAAAGAAAAAGGAACACAACAUAAUGGAAACCAUCCGACACAAAGGGCAAUGGCGAAAGUAAUUCUUUAGUUAAGAAGAUACGUUUGAUAACGAAUGAAAAGCAAAUAUGAUAAAUUUAUAUGAAACAACGUUAGUCUGGCAACCAUUACCAUACACUUGCAUAUGCUUUUUUCCCCAUUCGAAGAAUCCUUUCGAUUCUCUGGGCAUAAUGUGUUGGCCCUGACCAAUGUACAUUGUGUCGUGAACUGUUUUUUCUAUGAAAAUUUCCUCUUUUACUCUGCAUCUACUUUUACUUCAUCAUUUGAUAAUGCUUCAGUAGGAUGGUCUUCCCAUAAGAUAUAUACUAUUUUUCGUAAGAUCGUUACAAAUUUGAUAUCAAACGUUUUGAGGAGAGCAGUGUACCCCUCAGCAGCAUUUUAAUGGAAAACGAACGAACGAGAUAUGCAUAAUGGACAUCAGCCACAUUAACAAUCCUAACCACCACCCCAACCCUACAGUCUUAUAAUCACGUGAAGGAACAAAAUUUUAGCCACAGUUGAAGUCGUCGUCGUCGAUAAACAUUUGAUUUUCUAUAUACGUUUGGGAAGGAACAUGACUAAACUGACCAACCGGAAAAGCAGUAUACACAGAUCAUCGCAGAAAUCGUGCUCAUCAAUCACUAUUAUGUAACAGAAAUUAAGUGAAGUAAAUUGAAUAAAGCAAGAACACGUUGCAUUCAACGAGA